AGCAAAUCUGACUGCGAAUUGUUGAAGUGAGGCGAUUGUUGUGGAAAGCUGUGUUCUGUUCAAUUGGCACGUGCAGGAGCCAAAGUGGUCUGUGCGCUAACCAUCUUUUUUCUGUGCCCUGCCCCUCAUUGCCCGUCCAAGGUCUGUCUGGUACAACGGUCUACGGAUUGGAGUCAACUUCACCACUGAGUACGACGAACAACAGCAUCAUGGAAGAUUCGAGCGCUCCGACUUCAAAAAAGGGCGCGAAGAAGGCCGAGGCUAAGGCGAAGAAGGAGGCCUUGAAAGCCCAGCGUGCUGCAGAACUCGUCGCCGCCGCCGCCAAUGUGAACCUCGAAGACGACCCCGCCAAAGACAACUACGGAAAUAGGCAGAACACGAUCUCGGCCUUCAGUAACGACGCUGAAGAAGUCGAAAUCCGCUCCCUGGAUGAAACCUACUGUGGGAAGACGGUCAUUGUGCGUGCGUGGCUUCAAAACUCCCGCGUUCAGAGUGCCAAGAUGGGCUUCGUUGAACUCCGCAAGGGGGGCAACUGGAACAUUCAGGGCGUCAUUUUGGCCUCUGAAGAGGAACCCGUUGUCAGUCGACGCAUGGUGAAAUGGGUGAGCGGCAUCAGCCCUGAGAGCUUCGUGGCCGUUGAAGCCAAAGUGAAGCAACCGCUCGAGCCCGUCAAGAGCUGCCGAGUCUCAAGACUAGAGCUCCACAUCACAAAGUGCUUCGCGCUCGCGCCGGCUCCCGCUAUGCUCGGCAUGACUCUAGCGGUUGCAAGCCAGCCUAUAGUUAAUUUCAGCGACGAGAAGACCCAAGUUGAAGAUGUUGACAUCGGGAAGGUUGCGAAGGCCGGUGCCGAGACUACCGCGCCAGCCGCCAGCAUGCUCACUCAUCUCGAUAAUAUGGCCAUGCACAAGCGCGCCCCUGUUCAGCAGGCCAUUGCGGAUAUCCGCAUUGAAGUGAAGAGGCUCUUUCGAUCAUACCUCGAGUCCCACCGAUUCAAGGAAUUCGAACCGCCCUGCCUUAUCGGCGCCGCUUCUGAGGGCGGCGGAAAUGUUUUUCGGCUCGCGUAUUUCGGCUCGGAGGCUUUUCUCGCCCAAUCUCCCCAAUUCUACAAACAAUUCGAGAUUGCAGGAGGCCGGGAGCGUGUGUUCAGCAUAAGCCCCGUCUUCAGGGCUGAAAACUCCAACACACCCAGGCACAUGACCGAGUUUACGGGGCUUGAUGUCGAGAUGGAAAUCAGGAAUUCUUACACCGAAGUUCUCUCCAUCCUUGAGGGCGUGCUGCUGUCCAUCUUCCGUGGAAUCCAAGAGCGAUGCGCGGACGAGAUUGAAACUGUCCGAUCUGUUUACCAUUCGGAACCGCUCCUCCUUCCCGAGCCAGGCAAAGAAGUCCUGCGCUUGACCUUCGCCGAGGCACAAAAGCUUCUACGGGAAGAAGGUCCCCCUGAGUUCGCAAACGUGCGGGACGAUGAAGAUAUGAGCACCCCUCAAGAGAAGGCUCUCGGUGAAGUCGUCCGCGCCAAGUACAAGACAGACUUUUACGUCAUCGAUAAGUUCCCUGAGACGGCGCGCCCAUUUUAUGCCAAGAUCGAUGAUGCCGCCACUACAGUUGGAGACGGCGUUCGCGUCACAAAUGCCUUCGACGCCUUCGUACGAGGCCAGGAGGUGCUCUCGGGCGGACAACGAAUUCACGACCCUGCUGAACUCGAGGAGCGUAUCCGUGCCAAGGGCAUCGACCCGGGGAGUUCCGGUAUCAAGGAGUACCUAGCGACGUUUCGACAGGUCGGUGUGCCGCCGCAUGGUGGAGGUGGCAUUGGUCUUGAUCGCGUGGUUGCUUGGUUCCUGGCACUACCAAGCGUCCACCUCGCGGCGUACUAUCCUCGCACACCCAAGAGACUGCUGCCAUGAGGAAUUCGAGAAGGACGUUACUUCUCCAUUGCGCAAGGAGGUUGAUUCGACAUGGGGUGGUGAAUGUCGUCACUCUCGGGAAUUCCGUUGCAGGCCGGUAGCAAAAAAGUCGAGAUGACCCAAUUUCUAGCGUUAAGGCUACACUGAGAAGAUCCAUCCAUUAGGUACCCAGGUGGCCCAAUGUUGUCCUGUCAAUCGUGUAAACGCUGGUCUAGAUACAUUAUCCGCGAAGUGAACUCCAUUGAACAAAA